UACCUUAAAAUUUGUCAACUACUCAAACUUUCCAAUUUUUCCAAAACUUUCCAAAACAACAACAAUACCCUCUUGAUUCUUAAAGAAUUCCCAUAUGUUAUACCCUGACACACUUUGAUUGAAUCACAUAAGAGUCUUUGUGACAUAGGAAUUAGUAACAAUUAUGCCAUGGAGGCUUUCAAUGCUACUGUUGCAAACUUGACACCAACAACAUCUGUUCUUUCUCACAGAACAAAACAACCCAACAAACUUUCAACACACCCAAAAAUUUCUGCAUGCAAAGUCUCAAACUUUUCAAUCUCCAGAACUAGAAACCAUAAAAAAAUUCUAUUCCUUCAAUCAGCAGCAUCAAUUUUCAGUACUGCACAACUUUCUGCUACUGCACUCACAUAUGAGGAAGCUUUGGGGCAAUCUUUGAAUUUCAGUAGUUCUGGGGACUUUGAUGCAAAUGGGGUUGUGGAGAAUCUUCUCAAUUUUGCAUCAGAGAACCCUCUUGUUGUUUUUGGAGGUGUUGCUGUUUUUGCAGUACCAUUGGUUUUGUUUCAGGUUCUCAAGAAGCCUAAACCAUGGGGUGUUGAGUCAGCAAAGAAUGCAUAUGAAAAACUUGGUGCUGAUUUGAAUGCUCAGUUGCUUGAUAUAAGAGAAGCUGUGGAGAUUAGGGAAGUUGGAACACCAGAUAUUAAUGGUUUGGGGAAGAAAUUGGUGUCAAUUACUUACAAGGGUGGUGAUGAUGAUAAGCCAGUGUUCUUGAAGAAGCUUGCAUUGAAGUUCAAGGAACCUGAGAAUACCACAUUGUUCAUUUUGGACAAAUUUGAUGGGAACUCUGAACUGGUUGCACAACUGGUCACAGAUAAUGGAUUCAAAGCUGCUUAUGCCAUUAAGGAUGGUGCAGAAGGACCUAGAGGAUGGACGAACAGUGGUCUUCCAUGGAAAGAACCACGGAAAGCAUUGGAUUUUGGCAAUCUGACAGAAGCUAUCUCUGAUGCAAUAGGAGAUACUUCUGAUGGCUUGGCUGUUACUCUUGGAAUUGCUGCAGCUACCGGCCUCGGCCUCUUGGCUUUCACUGAGAUAGAAACAAUUCUCCAAGUAUUAGGAUCAGCUGCACUUGUUCAGUUUGCAAGCAAGAAGCUUCUAUUUGCUGAGGAUCGAAAGCAAACACUACGGCAGCUAGAUGAGUUCUUGAACACCAAGGUUGCUCCUAAAGAGCUUGUUGAUGAAGUAAAGCAAAUUGGAAAGGCUUUUCUACCAGACUCCACUGAAGACAAGGCUCUUCCGGAACCAACAGAAAGUAGCACUGUACAGAAAGCAGAAGCUACUAUUGACAACGUUGCCGAGUCGAAAGUAGACAUGGUUCCAGAAACUGAAAACAAGGAUGAAUCGUCUCCAGUGUUGCCAAGACCACAAUCUCCAUAUCCACAUUAUCCUGAUUUCAAGCCUCCAACAUCUCCUACCCCUUCACAGCCGUAAUAUACAAAUCAAUUGUCAGAAAUAAUCAAGAUUCUAGCAAGUGUAUCAAGAGCUAUACAAUACUACAACCAAUGAUGUUCCAAGAAAUUCUUAAUAGUUGAAGAUAAGAUCCAUGCUACAAGUUUGUAAGGACUUGAUGGUCUUUUUAUGAAUAUCCUUGUAUUUGUGGUAUAGUAGUUUUUGUUGGGAUUUUGUAUAAUAUUACCUCUUUUUAGUUUUGGUGUAAUCAAAUAAGAUUUGUUGUACAAAUAGUUUUGCAAUGUAUUUGAUUCAAGACUUGUGGUAGUA